CAAUACACAAAAAAAAACAAAAUUCUACAAUUCAUCUUCUUGUGCAGUGAGAGAGGGAGGAGGGACUGUACCGUUUCUGAUUGGUGCAAUUGCAACAAUGAGCAGCGAUAACAAGAACAGCAACGAGAGAGACCUUGAGCUUUCGUUUGACGACGAAGGUGAUAAUAUUGAAGCGGUGAAGUUCGAGAGUGAUAGUAGCAGCGAUGAAGGUGGCAGUGAUAAUGAAGGGAAUCGCACAACACAGCCUGAGUCUUUCACUUCUCAUCAAUGGCCUCAAAGUUACAAAGAGACUACAGAUUCUUACACCAUUGCUACAGCUCCAAAUUUUGAGUCAAUUCUACGAGGGCCGAGUUAUCUUUAUUCGAGUUUUGAAAAUCGUUCAAAGAGCAACUUAGAGAUAGAUGGAAAGACUCCUUUUCUAUCAGGUCAUGAAGGCAUUACUCAAUCAACAUGGUGGCAUAAAGAUUCAGUGCAAAGACAAAUUAGUGGUGAAUUUCCCAUUUCGUACGGGUGCAGCUUCACUCAAACAGUUAUCAAUGGGAUUAAUGUGAUGGCUGGAGUUGGCCUUCUAUCUACACCUUAUACAGUGAAACAAGCAGGGUGGGUGAGCAUGGGCCUGAUGCUGCUCUUUGCAAUUAUUUGUUGUUACACAGCCAACCUUAUGAGACUCUGCUUUGAAAGCAAAGAAGGAAUCACUAGCUACCCAGAUAUAGGGGAGGCUGCAUUUGGAAGAUAUGGUCGUAUUUUCGUAUCAAUCAUUUUGUACACCGAAUUAUAUUCAUAUUGUGUGGAAUUCAUCACCUUGGAAGGAGAUAACCUCUCUAGUAUGUUUCCUGGAACAUCCUUAGAUCUGGGUAGUUUACAGCUAGACUCCAUGCACUUGUUUGGAGUUUUGACUGCACUUAUUAUUCUCCCUACUGUAUGGUUGAAGGAUCUUCGAAUAAUCUCUUAUCUAUCAGCUGGGGGGAUUGCUGCGACAUUAAUCAUCAUUAUCUGUGUAUUUUGUGUUGGGACAACUGUUGGAUUCCAUCCUAGUGGUCAAUUGGUAAAUUUGAAUGGCAUUCCAUUCGCUCUUGGGGUCUAUGGCUUUUGUUUUGCAGGCCAUUCAGUUUUUCCGAAUAUAUACCAGUCUAUGGCCGACAAAAGACAAUUUACUAACGCAGUAAUAACAUGUUUCAUUUUGUGCAUUUUGAUGUAUGGAAGCGUUGCAGUCGUGGGAUUUCUCAUGUUUGGUGAUAGCACUUUGUCUCAGAUAACAUUGAAUAUGCCACCCGGUGCAUUUGCUUCCACAGUUGCACUGUGGACAACAGUAAUUAACCCAUUCACUAAAUAUGCUUUGUUGAUGAAUCCACUGGCAAGGAGUCUAGAGGAAUUGCUGCCAGAUAGAAUUUCAAGUACUUAUUGGUGUUUCAUUCUUCUGAGAACAACACUUGUUGCAUCUACAGUUUGUGCUGCUUUUCUGAUUCCCUUUUUUGGGCUUGUGAUGGCUUUAAUUGGUUCUCUCUUCAGCAUUCUUGUGUCCGUGAUAAUGCCAAGUUUAUGCUUUCUAAAAAUUGUGGGGAAAAAGGCUUCGAAUACACAGGUUGCACUGAGUAUCAUAAUUGCUGUGCUGGGAAUCAUUUGUGGACUCCUUGGAACAUAUUCCUCUAUAUUGAAUAUUGCAGAUAGUUAUUAAAACUUUCAGUAUUUCUUCAUUGGAUGAUUAUGAUGGAUUGUCAACCUAGUCACAAAUAUAGACAAAUGAAUUUUGUGGUAAUAAUAUGACUUUUUUCCCAAAAAUUGCAUUUCCUGGUUUGAUAUUUCUACUAAAAUUUGUAUGUUUUGGAAUUGUGUUGCUAAGUAAUUAAGAAAUACUUAACCCUGUGGUAGGUCA